UGUGUAGACAAAAUAAUUAAAUAAUUAGUUGGAUGCCUAAUUUUAGACGCUGUUCUUUACUCUUACAAAAAAACUAUCAAAAAAGUUAUCAGAGCUCUUAAUUCGUUUUAAUCACAAAUACGUCGCAAUCGGUUGUUUCUGCUGCUAUGAUAAUCUGGUUUUACCCGCAUGCGUAUUUUGAAUUUUAAAAGACCAGUUAAGCAUAACUGCAGCGUUUUUUCUCGCAGUCGGCUUCCUUCUGAGCCCCUUCUAUCGUUUACAGGUAGAAAAUUUGGUAUGCAGUUAAUUAAUUAUCUUUUCUCUUUUAUUGUCUACAAGGUGGUCCAUUUUUUAUUAGCUGAUGAGAAAGAACGCAUGUUUGAUUUGAUAGUUUGUAAGCCUUCGACCAAUGUAUAUUUAUUCAAAAUUUUACACUCGAUCUAACAUUGAAGUUUCUCAUUUUAAUUUUUGAUAUUAAAGUUGCUUGGUAACAUUUUUGAUCGACCUGUCGUAAUGUACGCUUUGUUCAAAGUUGUGCUUGUCUUCGCUGCGCAGCUAUUUUGAACGUUCAUCUGAACGCAGACAAGUUUAUAUUAUAAUUCAAUAUUUUCGCAUCAAUGUGUAUUUGAUUAGAGUUGAUUUUGUAACAAAUAUCUAGAAAAAAAUCAUAUAACCACAUUGAGUACUCAAAAUGUCAACAGCUCGGGUCUCUAGGCCACAGAGCCAAGCUCUGGUUAUGCAGGAGCGUAUGAUGUCGAGUUUACCUGACAUUGCACAUCCUGCUUCAAAACUAGGAAAUCCCGCGGAUAUUCAAGUUGCCUCUUCGGCGCCUCACAAUGCCUUGGCGUCGGGUCUUAUUACGGACCGAAGUUUGGUCCGUUCUUCCGGCGAUGUUCCUUUUCGAGUCGCCCGAAGUGCUGCAGCCACUCCAAGAAUAGCAUCAUCUGCAAGUGGGGUCCACCUCCCGCCUAUAUCCAGAGGAAGUGCGGUAAUUACUGCUUCCGGAGCCCGGCCCAGCAUGCCAGUACUGGGAGAGAAGACGGAGGCGCAACCAAGGUUAGAUAGUGCUCAGUCUCACUUUAGCGCAACUUCAAACAUUCCUGAUUACCAAUCAAAACUGAAAAUAGAAGUUGACGAGCUGUUAGCUGCUGUUACAAAGAAAGUGAAUGACAAUUUCUACGAUGUCAGAAGUGCAUUUGUGACCGCUGAUUUGGAUGGACAAGGGACCACUUCGAGGGAUCAGUGCCACAGAGUUUUGAUGACAAUAAUGGGACGAACAAUUAGUAUGAAGCAUUUUAAUCAUCUCCUAGCGCGAGCGGGACUUGCUGAAAAAGCGAUCAUAAGCUAUACCCAGUUCUACACUGCAUUCAGAGAGAAAGAUAGCUCCGAACCACCAGCUAUAUUUGACACUCAGUUCAAACAUUUUGCACAGGAUAAGAGCAUGUUAACUGCAGCCCAGGUUAACGCCUUACUAAAGGAGAAAGCACGCAAACGAGUGUUGGAACUAGGAGACAUCAUUCCGAAUUUUGUGGUAUCUGAUGAUCCGAACGAUAAAGGGAGAAUCAUGAAACCCGAACUACAGGUAGCCUUGAGACAACAUGGGUUCGACAUGUCUGAAGCGGAGUUCGACAAACUAUGGGCGCGCUACGAUGAGCAAAAUUUAGGAGUUAUUGACUCGAAAGUCAUGAUAAAGAAGCUUGGCAUUCAUUUCACGAAGGAUGGUUCGCAUCCUCAAGAAAGCGAAGUCAAAACAGGCGGACGUAAAAGAAAAGUCCUAGGAGGUCAUGAAGUUGAGCGGAAGCUACUCGGUGAGUUACAUAAGAGUCACGUGUUGGUCAGAGAUGCAUUUGCUAACUUGGACCCCGAUCAAUCGGGAAGUCUUCCAUUUGAAGAGGUGCUCAAAGCUAUGUCAGCUAUGGGAAUCGAGAUAUCGAAAGAAGUUCUUAUGGAGAUGCUCCAUCGUCAUGGCAUUAUGUGCGACGCGACCAAUAAUUCAGUACCAUAUGAUGAUUUGUUGAGCAAAAUACAGGCACAUAAAGACGACGAUGCCUUUAGCAAGCUUGUGAACGAAAUCCGAGGGAACGAAAUGACGCAAAACAUCACCAAAGUGGAGCACACACUAAAAGAAUUGUUCCAACCUCAUUUGCAGAAGCUUCUCGAAGCAUUUGACAAAGCAGACAGGCUACAUUUGAUGUUCUUGUCGAAAGAAGAGUUCAAAAAAGUACUGGAAACUGAAUUGGGUAUGAAAAUCGAGGACAAGGAAAUGGAAACUUUGUCAGAAAGGUUGCCACUUGACGAAGAUGGAAACGUUUUCUAUAACAAAUUCUUAGACCAGUUCAACUUCAGAGCUCUUUCAGGGGCAAUCAUUGAGGAACCAGAGGAAGAAGAAAGCACAGAGGCAUGGGAUCAAUUUGAGAAGGGACGUUCAAUUCAAGAGUUGACCAAGCAGAUAAAAAUGGCACUCUGUGACCAUUUCUUUGACAUGGAACGCUAUUACAAAACAAACAUAGAUUACAACACUGAUACUGGAAAGCUCAACCAAGUCCAACUACAAGCUAUGCUAAAUUCGUUCAUGGUCCCUGAAUUGACCCUCGGCGAGAUUAGAUCAUUGUGGAAAACGUUCCAUCUCAAUCAGAACAAAACGCUCGACUACCAGACGCUAGUGAGGCACUUUCUGUACGAUAAAAGGACUGCUGCGUACCCCAAUCAAAGGAUACUGCCUCCUCAGAUUGGAGACUCAGACCUGAUCAAGAGGUCAAACAUGGUGAACAGUUCACGUGACCUGGUGUUCAACAUGCUGCAUAGGAAGUUAGAUGUUCACUGGGACCAAGUGAGAGGCGAAAUGAAGUAUUUGGAUCCUUAUGGAACUGGAUUUGUGUCUUACCAGCAAUUCAAAAAUGUAAUGAGCGAACUACAAGUUGAGCUGGACCCAUACGAACUAAGUCUGCUGUGUGAAAAGUUUGACACUACAAAUGAUAAACGUGUGAAUUAUAUCGCGUUGCUUCAACAGUUCGCUGGACGAGUUAAAACCAGCAACAUUGCAGAAGUCUUCAACCAACAUCCGAGUAAACCGGCCGACGACAGCGAUGUUGUGGUUGAUAAAAUGACAGAAAUGACAAAGAGGUUACGUGAAAGACUUCUGAGUGACGUCAAGAACCUUAGAAAGGCUUUUAAGAAACUUGACGAUUCCAAAUCAGGAUACCUAUCGAUCUCAGAAUUCAGAUCUGUGCUGGAAUUAUGCAAUGUGGUCUUAGACGAAGAAGAAUCGUUCCAGCUUGCCGCCAGAUAUGAUGAUGAAUUAAGUGGAAAGUUGAAAUAUGACAAUUUCUUAAAAGAUCUACAAAAGACUCCUAAAUACCUCAAGGAAAAGCCUCUAAUCUCUACUAAUAUGCAAUGAACUCGAAAAUUUUAAUUUAGGUUUCAACUAAAAGUAUCUGCUUUGUCAAUAAAGUUUGUCGUUUCA